UCUUAAUUGUUCAUAGAUUAAUCAUGAAUAUAAUAAAACUAUUUGUAUUCACUUUUCUUUGAUCCGUACAAAACUGUCGGUUAUUUAUGUAUAACUAGAUAAAGGCUGUUUGGGAAUUUUCGCUUUAACAUAUAGGAACAGAAAAAUUGAAUAUUUCUUUGUGUUUUUUUGGAUUAGCGAUCAUGUAUAAUUUUGAGGUGUAAAGAGAUGAUAUGAUUUUGUGACGAUUAUAUGAAGUUAGUUGAUUAUAGGUGUAUUCUUUAAGACUUGAUCUGACAUGUUUAUUAGAAACUUUCAAGGGGUAAAGAAAUGGAGCAGAUCAAAGUUUGUUAUGCGUUGACUGGGUAAUUAAGCAGUAUGGAGUUCAUAUGGCUUGUCGUUUACCUUGACUACAGUGGCGGAGCCACCUUAGGCUAAGGGGUAUCAGUUUUCGGAAAAUUACACUGCGUAGCUAGGAUUGCAAAGAAGGGAUGAUAAGGUUAAAGCUGCUAUUUUUGGGCCAUAUGAGGGUGAACUGCCAACUGUUCAUUCUCUAGAGAUUAAAAGAUAGCCGCAAUAUUCUCUCUAUUCCUGAUGUCUUCUGCAGAAUUAGGGUCCGGCCACAAUUCUAGAAAUGCAAAAAGAGUGUCACAUGAUGUUUCAAGCUGCAUGGAUUCUGAACUUCAUGAGUGUGGGAAAUAUAAUUCACAUGAAUUCACAAGCGUGGUAGAGUCGGAGCUUAAAGUGUUGAGCUCAGAGAGUGUUAAUAUUCUGAAAUUAUACGGAGAAAACCAAUUGAUCGAGGAGUUCUAUUCUCAAACAUAUUGUGAUGAUGAUGCAAAGCUAGACCAACAGCUCAAAGGCUAUUAUCCUUCUUCAUAUAGUUACAAAGAUAGACCAUUAGAGAUGCUCCCAAAUGUAGGAGGUGAUGGUUCACAGAAAACACCAGUAAAGAUGGAUACUGGAGGAUUUCUGGACUUUGAUUAUUACAGCCACCUUGAUCCUGGAGACACCAAGAAGGAUUUUUCUAAACUGGACUUUGAAUGGAUUGGAGUUGAGAAGGCUGAACCGUGGUGGCGCACAGCUGAUAAGGAGUUAGCUGCCUCAGGUUCUCUCAAGUCAUCUGGCUGUAUUGGAAAUUCUAAUCUUUCAUGGCCUCAGUUUUUGGAAGGUAAGUCAUAUACUAGUUCUCAAUGUUCCGGCCAGGUUAGUGUCGGAGAGAAGGAAUUUCUGGAUACUCGUGACUGUUAUUCGGGACAACAUCCUUCACAAAGCCAAUACAAGAGAUUGUGUGUUGGCAAAGGGUGCUCGACACAUGGUUCAAGACAGCCAGUAAGUGGUGAUGACAAUUUAAGUACUGCCAAAGUACCCUUGGACGAAACUCAACCAGGAUCAAGCGAUCUCAGCAAAGCUCAGCUGUUAGAAGCACUAUGCCAUUCUCAAACCCGUGCAAGAGAGGCUGAACAAUUGGCACAGCAAGCCUACAAAGAGAAGGAACACGUGAUCAAGCUAUUCUUCAGACAGGCUUCUCACCUCUUUGCUUACAGGCAGUGGCUUCACAUUUUGCAGCUUGAAGCUCUGUGUCUCCAGCUCCGGAACAAAGACGGGCGAAAUUCCACCAACUUUUCGCCUUUCUUACCGUUGGUCCCAAUCAAAGGCAGGAAACUGAAAAAAUGUAGAUGUAAGCCUAUUAAGAGGAAGCCAGCAAAGGAUAAAUGCAAGAUAAACAAGUCUGCUGUAGCUUUUGCCUUGGGUUUGAGUCUUGCUGGUGCAGGUUUGCUACUUGGUUGGACCAUGGGAUGGCUAUUUCCUGUUCUCUAAACCAUCUCUUGUUUAAACAUUCAUCACAACAUUCACUCUGUUCCACGGAAAUUCGCUAAAUUCAUGUAUGUAUAUUCCAUGUCUUUUCAUAUCAGAUUACGUCGGAGAUAUAUUCUUCUAGUAGGUAGCAUUGUACAUUAUGUAAAUAUAAAAAACUACACCUCAAUCCCCCAAUGGAAUUUUGUAAAUAUAGUUGGGCUAAUUUCUUGUAUAUAUGUUCUGCGUGUUUUAUUA